AUGACGCUACUGGAAUCGAAAUAUCUCUUCAUUGGUUCACGCUUUUGUGAUUCUGUUUUAAUGAAAAUCGAUUAUUGUUUAUUGUGUGUUGAUGUGAAUGGUAAAGAAGUGGAUCAUCAGCUAUUAAAUCAAUCUAACGGUACUGAUAAUACACUGAAAAAUUCAAAUCUUACUGACAGCGAGAUUCCUAACAAGUGUCCCCGUAUAGAAGGAGAAGAAGAAAACGACAAGAUGACAUCAUUGUCGCUAGUAGAAAGUACAAAAAGUAGUACAUUAGAUGACAUGGAUAUCGUACCAGCUACCCAUUAUAAAUUUGACGAGGUCGAUGUUGAACUCUAUGGAGAAAGUAUUCUUAGUCCACCUUCAAUUUAUCGUGAAAUUGUUAAUUAUAGUUUCAAAGUAGUGGACCGAUUGAUCAACUUGGGGCCAAUGGGGCAACUAACAUGUGGUGAAGUUCCAUGCUUAGCUCCUGGUAAUACUGAUCCUACGGAUGAGGCUCUUACUUGUGCCCAAGCAGAGAUGCACCAUGUUGAGUUAAUGGCGUGUAUACCGCGUUCAUUUAAUGUGCCUACUGAGAAGAAUCCAGUUUCUGGUGGAGGCAUAGCACUUUUACAUACAAGUGUAAGACCACGAGGUCUAACUGCUUUUGAAUUACCUGAAUAUAUGAGUUUAUGGUCUCUUUACGGUCCACCUAUAAUUACUCCUAUCCAAAAUAUUUCGUCACCCCCUGUUAGUAAGCCUUUAGCUGAAACAAACAGUAGUCCAUCCGCUACUUCAAACAAAAAACUGGAAAUACCAAAUCUUGAAUCAGAAGAAGAGAAAAUCGACGAGAAUGUAACCGAAAAACCAACUGAAUCCGACGAAAAUGCUGAGAAAACUAUAGGUGCCUCUGAAUCCACUACAGAUGAUACAAAAGAAGAAAGUUCUAAGGAUGAUGAACCAGCUGUAAAUAUGUCUGAUGAAAAUAAAGAAGAAGUUAUAAAUGAAGACAGUUUUGAUAUAGAAUCGGAGUUAUCCAAUGAUUUAACGCAUAGUUAUCUUUUGCUGACUAGAGAAGAUUCUACAAUGAUUCUUGAAGUGAGUCAUGAAAUAGUUGAGCUUGAAGUAAGUGGAUUCAAUACUACAGAAAUGACUGUGUCUGCACCACUCUGUUUCAGCUUAUAUCAUGAUCAGGCUGGACGUUUAGCUCGAUGGCUUUGGGCUUGCAAAGACCUACCAGCUGACAAUUCAUUUUUCAACCUACACACAAAUGCUUCUCUGGAUCACUUAUUGUCUUGGCCAGAACCUGGAUCAACUGCUCCAUCUUCGGAUUUCACAUCAUCAUUCACUUCGCCACCAGAGAAAUCUUCACAUUUUAUCAGUGCUUCAGAAGAAGAAAGUAUUCUACUUUAUGGUGAACCGAUAGAAAUUUGUAAAAGAGAAGGUUCUGUAGCUCCCGGCUAUACCACACCACAACCACCCAGAUUUUUACUGUCUUCUACAUCCCAUUCAUCUUUAAAUAGUAAUAUCAUGGAGACCAGUGAUAUUAUGGAUGGUUCAGGAGAAGAAAAAUUGUCUAAGUAUUUUGCAUUUAUUGUCUUCACAAAUGGUGUGCUUGAAGUAAGUACUUGUUAUUUGAUAUUACACUUUUGGCAAAGUUGGGUUAUACUGUGCAUAGCUGAAUAG